AGCUGUCUGGCGGCUGUAAACCAUCAUCCAUCCUGAGCAGGAUCAAGAUAUGACACUGAAAUAACGUGCUCCUGUCAGUGGCUACUGGUUCAAUUGGGGAUUUUUCUUCUGUCAGUUAACAGUUGAACAAGCUGAACUUGUCUUAGAUUCAUCAUUUUUCUUUGUGCCGACUAAUUGAAUCUCAACUUGUAAGACAGGAUGUGCCCUUGGAACCUACAGGUCUGUGCCUCAGACUUAAGCAUCUCUUUUCAAGCGGCCAAUAUUUAAAAUAUAAUUUGUUCUUGGGGUUUUGGUCGCAUUAAAGAAAAAAUAGUGACCAGGCUUUUUGAGGUGAAGACUUUGGCACAGGGUCUCUGAUGGCGGCGUCUGCACCCUCCUCCUCUGGCGGCGAACCGGAUCCCAACUCGACAAAUUUACGACCACCGGGCUCAAGCUAUGAUGCUUGGUGUGGAGUUGCUCAUGGAUGUACUAGAAAAUUGGGAAUGAAGAUAUGUGGGUUUUUACAGAAGAACAACAGUCUGGAGGAAAGGAGCAGAAUUGUGAGUUCCUUCAAGGAGCGCGCAGCCAAGAACCUGCUCUCCUGCGAUAACACCGGAGGAGAUGCGCAUUUCAGACGCACGGAGACCGAUUUUUCCAAUCUGUUCGCCAGAGAUCUGUUGCCCGCCAAAAAUGGAGAAGAGCCAACCAUGCAGUUCUUGCUGGAGAUUGUGGAAAUCCUCACCAACUACGUCAGGAAGACCUUUGACCGAUCCACCAAGGUCCUGGACUUCCACCACCCCCACCAGCUGCUGGAGGGCAUGGAGGGCUUCAACCUGGAGCUCUCUGACCAACCCGAGUCUCUGGAGCAGAUCCUGGUGGACUGCAGGGACACCUUGAAGUAUGGAGUGAGAACAGGUCACCCCAGGUUCUUUAACCAGCUGUCCACUGGAUUAGACAUUGUUGGUUUGGCAGGAGAGUGGCUUACCUCAACAGCCAACACUAACAUGUUUACCUAUGAGAUCGCCCCUGUCUUUGUGCUCAUGGAGCAGCUGACACUGAAAAAGAUGAGAGAGAUUAUCGGCUGGCCUGACGGAGAGGGCGAUGGGAUAUUUUCUCCAGGAGGAGCAAUCUCCAACAUGUACAGUGUGAUGAUUGCCAGAUAUAAGUUCUUCCCUGAAGUCAAGACCAAAGGCAUGACAGCUGCACCCAGACUGGUCCUCUUCACCUCAGAGCAUAGCCACUAUUCCAUCAAGAAAGCCAGUGCAGCUCUGGGCUUCGGGACAGAGAACCUAAUUCUUUUGAACACAGACAAGAGAGGGAGAGUCAUUCCUGCUGAUUUGGAAGCCAAAGUCAUAGAGGCCAAGCAAAAGGGGUAUGUGCCGAUGUUUGUGAAUGCCACCGCUGGUACUACCGUCUAUGGAGCCUUUGAUCCCAUCAAUGAAAUUGCAGACAUCUGUGAAAAGUACAACAUGUGGCUUCAUGUGGACGGUGCAUGGGGAGGAGGUUUGCUGAUGUCCAGGAAACACAGACACAAGCUGAAUGGAGUAGAGAGGGCCAACUCAGUCACCUGGAACCCUCAUAAAAUGAUGGGAGUGCCUCUGCAGUGCUCUGCCGUUCUGGUCAGAGAGAGGGGAUUAUUAACAGGCUGCAACUCCAUGUGUGCUGGUUACCUCUUCCAGCCAGAUAAACAGUAUGAUAUUACAUACGACACAGGUGACAAAGCCAUUCAGUGUGGGCGGCAUGUCGAUAUCUUCAAGUUCUGGCUCAUGUGGAAGGCAAAGGGAACAGUAGGAUUUGAGCAGCAUAUCGACAAGUGCCUGGAUCUGUCAGCAUACCUCUACAAUAAAAUAAAAAACAGAGAGGGCUUCGAGAUGGUGUUUGAUGGAGAGCCGCAGCACACUAAUGUGUGUUUCUGGUAUACUCCACCGAGCCUUCGCAGCUUGCCUGAUGGUGACGAGAGGCGGGAGAGGUUGCACAAGGUGGCCCCAAAGAUCAAGGCAAUGAUGAUGGAGUCAGGGACUACAAUGGUGGGUUACCAGCCACAAGGAAACAAGGUCAACUUCUUCCGCAUGGUAAUAUCAAACCCCGCUGCUACCAGGUCAGACAUCGACUUCCUGAUCGAGGAGAUUGAGCGACUGGGGCAUGACUUGUAA